AUGUCGUCGGAUUCGUGUUCGGUGUGCUCCGACGGCAGUGUUCGAGAAAGAAAACAGGGCGGUAAAACUGAGGCCAAUAUUGGGUAUAGUCUUGAGGAAUUGGAGAAGAAGAGGCAAGAGCCGUUUUGGAGAGUUAUCAGGGUUCUGUCUAUUGUCCUGUUUUGGGGAAUUUGGGGCGGAUUGCUCGCUGGCUCGGUGCUUAUUAUAGUGCUCAAUAAUGGCAAUUAUACACCAAGCACUCCAACGCCAUCGACGACCACAAUACAUCCGAAACAAUUGUAA